AUGGCAACCGGGCAGAUGAUGAGGCAUGGUUGGACAAGUGGUAAUACUGGUGCCAUACUGGAGCCUGCCUUGGACAAUUGGAAUGACGUAUUGGAGCUGUGGGAGAUGAAUGGAAUGAGAGACAAGGUGUUUUCAGAUGAAAGGGGGAUAGGUGAAGUGUGGGGGGACCGCGGGAUUGGUGGUCAUAGUCCGAAAAGUGGUGUUGGCAGGGUGGGGUUGUGGAGAUGA